UCAGUAGAAACAUGGCCGAAUCAAAGAAAACAGCCGAAGAUUCCUCGCGGGACAAAGAGUUGGACGAUCUGCUCGACAGUGCGCUGGAAGAUUUCAACAAACACGAGCCGAAAAAGCAGGCGACGGAUGGUGCUAGUUCUACCGGGGAACCGAGCACACAGCAGCACGAAGAUCCGCCAACCGAGCAACUUUGGAACGAGGAGUUUGUUGAUGAGCAGGCAAAAAGGUUCGAACAGCACAUGGCCGCACUGUUCGGUGGUGGUGCAAAGGUUGAUAGCGAUCAGGUUAUGCUAGGCUUUCAACGAAUUGCAGAAGCGGCCGGUAUGGCUAUCAACGAUCGGGCGGCGGCAGCUGCAGAGGAGGAAAAUGCUCCGCCCACCAGUACACUCGAUCCAUCGAUUAACCAAAGUAUAUGCGACGCGCUGAAAGCGAUGAGCGAAGGACGCGACACCCUACAGACACCGUUCAGCCCGGAAGACGUGGCCAACAUGUUCGGCAACAUCGAUCUGAACGCGACCGGCGAAAACAAUGCCUUUCUACCGUUCAUGCAAACCAUGAUGCAGAGUCUGCUGUCGGCCGAUGUGUUGUUGCCGAGCAUGCAGGAUUUGGUCGCGAAAUAUCCGGCAUGGUUAGCAGAACAUGGCGCCGGGCUGCCCAAGGAGGAGAAAGAGCGGUACGAAAAGCAGCUGGCACUGAUGAAGGAAGUUUGCGCGGAGCUGGAGAAGGAAAAGCCGGACGAUAGUGCCGAGGUGAAGCGGGAUCGGUUUCAGAUCGUGCUGGAAAAGAUGCAAUCAAUGCAGGACCUGGGCCAACCGCCAACCGAUCUGGUGGGUGAUCUCGGUCCGGGAAACCUCAAUCUGCCAACACUCGAUCCAUCCUCGUUUGGUGAUCAGAAUCCCUGUCCGAUCAGUUAAC